GACAAGUUUAUGCUGUAGCCAAGAAGCACCUCCCACCUUGUGUGUAGGACGUACUCUGUGCGGUCAAUCAUUGGGGACCGGAGUACGCACUAGUACCAACGCACCUCCAUUACAAAGGAAAGCAUAUCAUUCGGCAAAGAUAUCGUAGAGGCUGGUUUGUUGUUCCGGAAGGAAAUCGACCGCUAUUGACGGCCGAAGACAAGUCUCCAUGGACUUCGCGAAUGGUUUUGGAGACAGUAGUGAUGACCUGAUGGAAAACGCAAGGAUCGUCAGCCCUUAUGGCGAUGGAGAAACCCAAGCGUUUCCUGCUGAUCCGUGGGCAAAUUUUCAGUACGCACUGCCUGAAGGGUCCUCGCAGUAUAAAUAUCGUGCUUCUAGACAAAGACCAACGAUUGGAGGAUCACGAUCUCCCUCGGAGCCAAUUCCCACCCCACGAGAAAGGAUGGUGACAUCUUCUAAGAUCUCAACUCCUCACCGACACGGUAUGGUAAAUCGAGGCCAUGCUAGUCGAUACGAAUAUUCUAGUGACAAGCGAUGCGAUGACGUACACGUAAUAUUUACAGAUCCCUCCGACGGUGUUGGGAUCAGCGUUGAAAAAAGGAGCCAACAGGACUUGUUGCGACAAAAGGUUCGGGAGGACACCAGUCGUAGGAGCUUACAACAUUCAACCAGCGCACAAAGUAUGUACCGGAAACGUAGCGAAAACAAAGUGGAAAUAACUUCAGAAAGCACAAACGCAGAGACCGAUGGUCUAAAUUUGAAUUGGGCAUUCUCGCGUGUUCAAGUUCGAGCGAAUAGUGAAACGGAGUCAACGACGGUUUGGCUAAAUACUGAUCACAGGCAGGAUUUAGAAGGAGAAGACAUUUGGUUACAAGAAGAACAUGCAUUCCCUUUGUUGUCAACGGGGGCUUCAAGCAGAUUUUCGGGCCCAUCUGGUAAAGAUGGCCUCCGAAAACGUACUGAUAAGAAGUUAAAUCGUGUCCGUUUUGCCGAACCGAUACAGAAGCCGCGAUCUGUCCCUUUUCUGAAAACUGUUUCACGGGAAACUAUACGGGAAGAAUCCUCAGAUCCUCGUUCCAAAAAGAUCACACAUAGUGACAAUCGCGCGUGGUUCGUGGCCCAACCGAAGUCAAUUCUCCGUCGGCGGCGUUUCGCUGGCGAAACCGUGUCCCAUGACCCACAGUACCCCCAGAAGAAUCGCCCAUCCUCUCAUCGCGCAGCUCCACAACGGAAGUCUGCUACAUCGUUUUUGGAUACACAAGGAUCCCUACUCUCUCCCAUUCAUUCAGAUAGGCGGCCUUGGGACCGCAUCUCUGAAACAGGCUCGGAGUCACUCAGUCCUUCGUACAGUGAUGUUGAGCGAGAGAAACGCGUUAGUCUUGGUCCCUACCACCUGCAGGAGCUAAAUGAGAUGUAUCCCGAUCCUCCUCUUGAGUUGCAGUUCGACGACGAGUCAACUGUAGUACCAGCACGCGCUUCUUUCAUCGACACUGUCGCUGCUGUUGUCGUUCAAGCCGCUGUUCGUAGAUUUCUUGCCCAAAAAGUCGUCCCGAAAAAGUAUGGUAGGAAUUUGGGAGGAGCAGUGUUCAUAGAAGUCAUGGCUGCGAUAAAAAUCCAAUCUGCCUUCCGAGGCUUUUGGGUUCGAGAUUCGUUGAAUGUGGAUCAUUUUUGCGCGACUAUGAUCCAGAAAUGGUAUCGACGACAUCAUCAGAGGCACCACUAUUUUGCAGAUCUUUCUCGGAUCAUACUGGUCCAGUCCAUUUGGAGGCGCAGUAUAGCCAGGGAGCACGCUGCCUUUUUCCUUGGGAGCGUAAUUACAGUUCAGUCGCUGUUUCGCUCGUACAGCGCUCGCAAAAAGCUCUACUCAGGACUCACUUGCCUACGAAAGGAUACUAUGGCAGCUGUAGUGAUCCAAUCGCACUGGCGUACAUAUGCUUGCGAAUGCAACUUUAUUCGCGAUCUUGUCGAUAUUUUGAUCGUUCAAAGUGUUGUGAGAACUUGGUUAGCAAGACGACACCUGUCAUCACUACGCUCCAGGGCCCAAAGUAUUUCCGGCAAAAAGUCACCAACAGUAUCAAAAAAAUACGCGAAUCAAGUGGCGGCGCAACCUACUGGAAGUCCUCGACCUGGAGAGGCCAAUCGUAACUCGGCGACAGGGCAAUGCUACUCCUCGUAUAGGUCUGUCGAAGAGAGUUCGUUCAGCGCUAUUCUUGGCAAUAUAAAGAGCAAGGAGAACAAUCACCUCAUUGUGUUGAUUACAUCUCAGUCUCUCUCGCGCAAUCAAGCUUCCACAAGAAGUAAUAUUGGUACAAUCUUACGCGUCCAUAAUGUCUCAUUCGAGGAAGUGGAUGGAGCAAAUCCGCUAACCCGAGGACGACGCGACGAACUCUUUGCUAUAUCACAAAUGCGCGGCGUGUACCCGCAGUUCUUUGUGGUAGACUAUGAAACAGGGCUCACGUUAUUUUUCUGCAACAGUGAUUCUUUUUUCGGUGCCAAUGAAGAAGGCUCUCUACCCAGGAUACUCAAUAUUGCUGGUGUUGUGCAGAGCGCGAUCGGAGGACAUCAAGAAAGAAAUAGUACCAUAGACGAAGCUCCUAAAGCAAACAAGCACCUGUUUGAGCCAAAGAGGCAAAGCUCACAUACUACGGUUUCAAUUGACAGUGAAACUUCGGAGCCCUCUGUAGGACGGAACAGUUUGCUUUCGAUGUGGAAAAAUCUUGACAAGAAGAACACAUUAGUAUUAAAUGGACACAGGAAUUGACAACAACCUGAUUGUGAACGCGGAGAGAAGUUGUUAGCUGUUAGUCUGUACAUGUUAGUAGCAAUUUCUACACUAAUGCGUACGACAUGAGUUCAUGCAUGCAAUUUAAAGGAACCCCUUCCAUUCGCCGCCUCAAGAAAGAAAACCGUUACUCUUUCUGUUUUAUCAAGGCAGACAACUCUGAGGCAAACCCAUGCAUUGUAGCUGUCUGCAAGCGCGAACAAGCUUUUGACACACUUUUGAUUAUUGCAGCUGAUGGCAGAUGCGACAGGGCACCGUCGUGGUGUCUCGUAACAAUUGUCUUAAUAAGACGAGCAGCUCGCUCAACGCAAUGUGCAUCACGACUAUUGAGAAGGGCAUUGAGACAGGCAUCGUAGCACCUUUCAUCCGGCUCUAUAUCGGGACGACCAUGAAUGUGCAAAUCUAACAUGUAGGACAAUACCACGCAAGCAUUUUCCGCAGACUCCUUGGUUCUCGCAUUUCUGAGAGACGUCAGUAUUGCUGCAAAGACAAGUCUAUCGAGCUUCAGCUUGUUUGAGGGAUCGGAGUCUAAAACCUGCAUUUCUCGAAACAAAUCGAAGGCAACCCUGCCAGAUUUUACGUUCCGAAGGGAAGCGAAAGCAAAAAUAACAGCAGUAUACGCUCGACUUGUCGGUUGAACACCCAAAUUCUUCUGGUGUCCAAGUGUCUGCAAUGCUAAAUCAGCGGACUCCUUGGAUCUAAAGUUCGCCAUUGCUGAAAUUACAGCGGUGUACAACCCAACAGAUUUCGGAUCCCAUUGAAAAGUUCCUUUCUUAACCCCCGCCUCAAUACGAUGUAAUAAGGUAGAAGCGGUCACAGUGUCUUCGUACUUUUUCGUUUUUACCAAAGCAUUGAUGAGAACCUGGUAUGGAAACAUGUCUACAGUAAGCCGGUUCUCACCAUCUAUCAAGACGUCGAAAGCCUCUUUGAGCGAGUUUUCCUUACAAAGCAAGCCAAUGCACAUGUUGAAGGUGCCCGAAUUUGGAGCACAUGGAAAUCCGUGUUGCUCCGAGAGAUUUAUCAUCGAAUUCAGAAGGGAUAAGACAUAUUUCCCCCCGCUCCCUUGAGACAGGCGGAGCCAGCCAUGAAUAACAAAAUUGAAUGUGUCUGUUGUUGGAGGCGGCCCAGCUUGGCCAAUAGCUGCUUCGACCAUAGCGACAACAUGAGCAUGCGCUUGUAGCAUUCUUCCACAACGGACUUGAGCUUCCAUGUAGGACAUGUGUGUUGCUAAGUCCGGUCGAA